AUGACGUUGAGUCGGACUCAAGGCGGCCAUCGCACAAAUGUCUCCUUCCAAAUUCGUGAUGGGAACGCGUCUGUUCAUCGCGGCGGGGUCAACUGUAUAAAGAUUUGCAAGAAAUUCGGAUCGGUGUUCACUGGAGGGCGCGAUUCAGUCAUUCGAAAAUGGGACCCAAAAAAUCUCAACGAAAGUUAUGCGAUGGAACACCACUCCGAUUGGGUCAACGAUUUGGUCGUCUCGAACAACGGAGAACUUCUGAUUUCAGCUUCCUCCGAUCAAAGUCUCAAAGUGUGGAACUCGACGAAAGCGUACUGCAUGAGCACGAUUCGGACGCAUAAAGAUUAUGUCUCCUCGCUGGCAUAUGCUCCUGAAACGAAUAAACUCGUCUCGGCUGGGUUUGAUGAUCAAAUUUACUUGUGGGAUGUAAAUGCGAUCGCCACGCUAACGGUGGAUAAUAGCGAAGUUACUUGUAUGAAUCUUCACGGGGCGACGAACUCGAUCUACUGCGUCGACACGGAUCCUCAAGCAAAUUUAGUCGUCGCUGGGGGAACUGAAAAGCUGAUCCGCUUAUGGGACCCAAGAACACAAGAAAAGCUCAUGAAGCUCAGAGGCCACAAGGACAACAUCAGAGCCGUAAAACUGAGUCGCGAUGGAACUCAAUGCGUUUCCGCCAGUUCGGACGGAACCGUUCGACUUUGGUCAAUUGGCGAACAGCGGGUGAUUCGAGUUUUUCAGCUUUCUGAGCAUGGAAUUUGGGCACUAGAAACAGACGAGCACUUUCGAUGGAUGUACGCUGGCGGCAGGCAAGCUGAUAAGGAAAAGACGCUUUGGACGAGCACUACGACUUGUAUUUCCAAAUGGCGUCUGGCUCCUGACAAUCAAGUGACUCCAGAACGCUUGGCAAGAAAGACAGAUGCAGAACUUGCCGCUCCUUAUUCUUCAAAUCCUGAAGUCUCCAUCAAAAGCGUUCCUCCUAUCAUCGACCACAAGGUCCUGCCGAACAGAAGAUACAUCCUCACGAAAAACUCGGAAAACAACGUGUCUCUCUACGAUGUACUUUUGGGAAAAGUAGUCAAGAAGCUUGGAAAAACGACGGAUUUCGCAAAGGUCAUCGAAAGUUACAAACAAACGCUUUAUGUUCCAAGCUGGUUCAGUGUCGAUCUCAAGUGUGGAUUUCUCCAAAUAGGGUUCGUUCUCGAAGAGAAUGAUUGCUUCCAAGGACAAGUUGCGACGAAACAUGUCGAUUUGGACUUUGACUUUUUCGAAGGGAACCAGAAUUCACGCGUCAAUUUAGGUCGAUUUAUGCUCGUCUCCGUCUUCCAGAACUGGAGCAAUCUUCAAAAAGCACUAGAAUCAGCUCACUCGCGUCCAGAAUCGCUCGCCGGCUCCGAGACUGGCUCGAAAACAGACACAGAAUGCUUCCGCGAUGAUCUAAAAGACGAGCUGGAAAACGACCAUGCAAUCAUGAAAAAGAUCCUUCAAAAGGGAAUCUGCCUUCCAAAAGAUACCCCGAUCCUGAUUCAUGAAUCGAAUGGCGCUGGGAAAUGCCGAGUUGUUUGGAACAUGAUCGGACAAGAGAAUAUUGCGAAGACCUUGAGUGAGAAUAUUCCUCAGUGGGUCAAAGAUGGAGUCCUCAAAACACCAAAUAACAAUUGCGUCAAAGUUCAAUUCUGCUUGCAGCCCAUGAUUGCCAAUAUCAAACGGCCGCUACCGACGCUGAAAAAGGACAAGCUCACGGCGGGCGACAUGCUUCAGAUAAGAAAAGUAGCGAAGCACGUUUUCGAGAAAAUCAACGCAAUCGAAAAUGAAAGGAUCAAAGAAGCGACUGAGGAUGAGCUCACAAAGAUGGCAAAUCAGAACAUUGAAAUUUUGUGCAACGAGACGCUGCUCGACCCUGACUUUGAUCUGCGAACUGUGAAACACUUGAUUUGGAAGCGAUCGAUUUCAAUCGAGCUUUUUACCGGAAAAAGCCUGAUUCCGAUUUGCUCUAAGAUUUCAAAAAGUAACAAAACAAAUGAGAUGAUACUAAGGCGGCGUGCUGGAUCCGUGAGAGUCAUAAUUUUGACUUCUCUUUUCUGGAUCACAUUUUUCUACUGGGGCGCGGAGCUCUGGUGCCAGACGCCUUCUAUCAACUUGGACGAGCGAGGAUCGGACUUGAACCCCGGAAGAGGCGGAGGGGACGAGCCUGCCCAGCGCGGCUUGAGCGACAUCAUCGGCGAUGGCCUCAACAAAGUUAACGACGGUACGGAUGAGGAUGAGGCCUUUGACCCGCAAGACCCCUUCGGGCUUGAAAAAACUGACGCUCCCGAGGCGGAUGAAGGAGAAAAUCUCCCCACUGAAAAACUCUUAUCAGACGGGAAAAUCGCGAAGGGAAAGUUUAACCCCAAAGUCGACCUCAAUGCCGAGGCUAUUAAGAAAACCACCAAAAAAGCGGCCACAAGUGAAAGCACUAAGAGUAGUAAGAAAAAGAAAAAACUCAAAAAGAAUAAAACAGAAGCUGUGGCGAAGCAUAUUCCUGGCAAGGGCCCUGGCGAAAUGGGUGCCGCUGUAAAAAUUCCAAAAGAUAAAGAAAAAGAGUCGAAACAAAUGUUCAAAGAAAAUCAAUUCAAUCUCAUGGCCAGUAACAUGAUUUCCGUCAACAGAACUCUCAAAGAUGUUCGAAUGUCUGGCUGCAAAAAACACGACUACACGGAUCUCGGAGCGCUUCCUAAGACUUCCAUCAUUUUCGUCUUCCACAACGAAGCAUGGUCUACCCUGCUGAGGUCGAUUCAUUCUGUCAUCAAUAGAUCGCCAAGGGAAAUGCUCGAAGAAAUUAUCAUGGUCGACGAUGCAAGUGAAAAAGACUUCCUUGGCGCGCAGCUGGACAAUUACGUGAAAGAUCUGCCCGUGCCUAUCCAAAUCAUCAGACAAAAACACCGCGAGGGCCUCAUCCGAGCGCGUCUUGAAGGAGCGAAGAUUGCAAAAGGAGAAGUUCUUACUUUCCUCGACGCGCAUAUCGAAGCCAGUCCUGGUUGGCUUGAGCCGUUGUUGUAUGAAAUCAAGAAGGAUCGAACGAAUGUGAUUUGCCCGAUUAUCGAUGUGAUUUCGGAUGAAACGUUCGAGUUUUUGACUGGUUCCGAUUUGACUUAUGGAGGCUUCAAUUGGAAACUGAACUUCAGAUGGUACCCAGUUCCACAGAGAGAAGUAGACAGACGAGGAGGAGAUAGAUCUCUUCCCAUGAGAACACCGACAAUGGCUGGAGGCUUGUUUUCAAUCGACAGGAGCUACUUUUAUGAAAUUGGUUCAUAUGACUCCGGAAUGGAUAUCUGGGGAGGAGAAAACUUAGAAAUGUCGUUUCGAAUCUGGAUGUGCGGUGGAACUGUUCUCAUCGCCACCUGCAGUCACGUGGGUCACGUUUUCCGAAAAGCAACGCCGUAUACUUUUCCUGGAGGAACUUCGCAAAUCAUCAACAAAAACAACCGCCGCCUUGCCGAGGUGUGGAUGGACGAUUACAAGAAAUUCUUCUACAUUGUGAAUCCUACUGUAAUGAAACACGAGUAUGGCGACGUAUCUGAUCGAAAAGUACUCCGAAACAACCUCCAGUGCAAAUCAUUCCAGUGGUAUCUUGAUAAUGUCUAUCCUGAUGCCCAGAUUCCCAGAAGAUACAAGGUUCUUGGAGAAAUCAAAAACACAGCCGCAAAUGUUUGUCUUGACACGAUGGGCCGCAAAGAAAACCAAAAAGUCGGCUGUUAUCAAUGUCACGGACAAGGGGGAAACCAGGUCUUCUCGUUCACAAUGGAUAACGAGAUCCGUAUUGAUGACCUUUGUCUUGAUGUCGCCAACUCGAAGGGGCCCGUCAUGAUGGUCAAGUGCCACCAUCAGAAGGGCAAUCAAUACUGGGAAUACAACAUCAAGACGAACCAACUCAUCCAUACAAAUUCAAAACAGUGCCUUACCAAACCUAUUGCCAGAUCAGCUAACGAGCCUCGAAUGGAGAGGUGUGAUGGAAGCAUGGAAGCUCAAAAAUGGUCCUUCCGAAACAUGACCGUGCCUGGCCUCGAGUAA